AUGUACAAUUAUCAAGUCGCAGGAAUUGAACUUACUAGAAUUUGGCCAAAUUCUGGGGUCUCUGGUCGAGGAGAACCGUGGCUACAUCCAGUAUGCAAAGCAAAGCAGUGCCCGGAAUGCCAUAAGUGUGCUCCACGGAUCCACUUUCCAAUCGAGGGUCCUGACCGUCACAAGCGCCAGCUUUCGCACCAUGGAAGAAUACGGCUUUAUCCCUCCUCAAGGCUAAAGCUGAUUCGAAGGGGAAGCCAGAAAGAGAAGGUAAAGGAGGACGAAGAGAAGGAUGACAACGAGGAGAAGAAUGACAACGAGGAGAAGAAUGACAACGAGAAUGAGGAUGACAGCGAAGAAGAGAAUGAGGACGGAAAAAAGAAGAAAAAGAAUAAGGAGGACGAUAAAAAGGAUAUGAACAAAGACGAAGACGAGAACGAGGACUACAAAGAAGAGGACAAGUACUUGAACAGGACGAAGAAGAGAACAAGGAGGAGAAUGAGGGUAAAGAAAAGAAAAAAAAGAACCACAAAAAAUACGACGAUAAGGACAAGUAUGAAAUUGAGUACAAAGACGAGGACGAGGAUGACAAGUACGAAGAAGACGACAAGGAUGAGAACAAGUACGAAGAAGACGACAAGGAUGAGAACAAGUACGAAGAAGACGACAAGGAUAAGAACAAGUACGAAGAAGACGACAUGAAAAAUGACAAGGACGACAAUAAGGACAACUCUAUUUCGCAGCCAUCGACUGAGAAUGAUGGCAAUGACGGCAUUUCUGACACCUAAAGCUUAACAAUAAACUUUUAAGCCGAUUUCUAAAUUAAA